CCAAUGUAUCUCACUUCCUCACCAUCACUCCUCUCUGUUUAUCAUCGGGGACGCUCCUGCCCAGUGACUCUGUACCCAGUGGAUAUCCGGCCAUAGUUUCCCGACAUCCGCUAAUCAAAUCACACCUUUCGUCAGUUGCGCCAUAAAAAAUCGUCCGAUAAUCACCGAUCGCCGGUUUAUCCAGAGAAAAACACCCGAAAAUUGUCGAUUAAAAAAUGUUCAUAACACGAACAAAAGGUGAAAUAUUUUUUUUUUUCAUGUGUGUAAAAAUAAAUAAAAAUGAAUAACUUUGAUAAAAAUCAUCGAAUCAAGUAGUCGAAUGGUGGUGAUCGUGUAUCGACAACGUCCAAGUCACGGAAUCCGGACUUCUUUCUUACGUGCCGGCGGUCUCCUGGCGCGGCAACGAAAGAGAAUCCGCAAAAGGAGCGACGACUAAGUCAAUCCCAGUGACUUUUUCAUACCAAUCUGUCCAGGUACCCAUCUACUCACCUCUAAAAAUCUCCCUCUCCUCUCUCCCCCUCCUCCUCCUCCUCCCCCCUUUUUUCCCCCCGCCGAGAUAUCUUCUACCACUUGUGUUUCACCAACAGCAAGAACACAUCGUAUUAUACACGAAAAGGAACUCCGUAAGAUUUACAUCAUUGGUCCACUGGUAUGGAUUUACAUUGUCAUUCGUGUAAAAACCAAUCGCCGACGUUUUACCAACUCACGAGGAGCCCUGACGAGCUCAAAACCAUUGUCGAUUGUCAACGUAUUGCAUGGACUCAGGGGGAAUAGUCGAUUUAUCCGAAUAUUGUAAUGAAAAAUUUAUUUUUCUUUUUUUUCUUUUCAUUGUCAGUUGAAUUGGCAGUUGCCAUAGUCAAGGUUAUGGUCGUGAUAAACUGGUAGAGUGCAGCUCUGAUAAGGGGAAAACGAUCCGUCGGUUAUCCCGGGGCACUUUACGCUGUGCGACGAGUGUCCCGCUGGCACUGGGUCCGCUCGGACGCUGGUGAUUCGGUACCGUCGGGAUAUUGUUAUCGUAUUGACGAAAUUGUGUUAUCAGUGUGGGAGUUGUGCCUCUUUGAUCUGGGUAAAGACGCCCCCAGGACGUACGGGAAAUAAUUUUUUGUAAUUUUGUGAGUGGGGGACCGGCGGUGGUGAAGGUGAGGAGCCAUCACCGGUGACGAGAGAGUGAAAAAUUAUUUUUUUAGUGAAUGAAAUAAAUUUUCAGUGACGAUAGUCGAAGGUCUAGAGGGUGGGGAGAUAUCGAUUGUAUUUGCUAACAAUUUGUGCAGUGAGAUCGGUCGAUUUUUCGAGUGUGUGAGUGUCUCGGUGAAAAAUUUAAUUGGAAAUAAUUUUGGGACUUAAUGAAUUGCCCGACGAUUUUCUCAGUUGAUUGAUUUUCUGGAGAAGUAAUUGGGACUGAGGGACUUUUCUGAAGUUUGGGGACACAUUGAGGUGGUGACGUUAGACUGGAGCUGUAUUUACCGUAUGCACCACUGCCGGGGGGUGGAGGAAUCCUCCCGGCGGUGUCGAGUGGCGGUGGCUGCAGGCCAGUACUGCUUGGUGGUGUUGACCUGUCAAUGUCAGCGGCUGUACAACCAUCACCUAAUGGACCGGGUACUCAUAAUUCUCAUCAUCCAUCCACUGGCCUGGCAUCCAUACCGCAACUGACAAGUGGGCCCGUUAUCAUGCCCCGUCCACCGGCAACUGGUAUACCAUCACUUGGAACACCUAUUGCACCAGCUCAUCAUCAUGACAGCUCGGAGAAUGGAGAUGCACCACCAAAUCCUGAUGUUCUACUUGCAUUACUCGCGAGGAAUAAAAAUCUUGAGGAGCAGGAAUGUCAGGCACCCUCUCCUCCUCCAAGCAAACCAUCUAUACCAAAAUGCGGUGGUUGCCAGGAGACUAUCCUAGACAGGUACGUCCUGAGAGUCCUCGAGAGGUGUUGGCAUGCUCGUUGUCUGACAUGUCGUGACUGCGGUGCAAGAUUAACUGUCAAGUGUUUCGCCCGAAACGGUCACGUCUUCUGCAAGGAUGACUUUUUCAAGUGUGGCAGGCGGUUCGGGACAAAGUGCGCUGGCUGCGGCCAAGGAUUGGCGCCAUCCCAGGUUGUCAGGAGGGCUCAGGAAUUCGUCUAUCAUCUCACCUGUUUCUCGUGUGCCCUUUGCUCCAGACAACUCGACACCGGCGAUGAGUUCUACCUUAUGGAGGACAGGAAGCUAGUGUGCAAAUCCGACUACGAACAGGCGAAGGCUAAAGAACUGGCUGAUGGGGGCAGUAUCGAUGGCGAUCAGCCGAACAAGAGGCCGAGGACGACGAUAACUGCGAAGCAGCUGGAGACACUCAAACUUGCCUAUAAUAACAGCCCCAAGCCUGCUAGACACGUCAGAGAACAAUUAUCGCAGGAUACUGGGCUGGAUAUGCGUGUGGUUCAAGUUUGGUUCCAAAAUAGGAGGGCGAAAGAGAAGAGACUGAAAAAAGACGCAGGAAGAACGAGAUGGUCUCAAUACUUCCGGAAUAUGAAGGGCAACGGUGCUGGUGGUCAUUCCCCAAGGCACGACAAACUCCUCGACAAAGACGAGCUCAAGGUCGAUCUUGACUCGUCCUUCGGUCAUCACGAUUUGAGUAAUGACAGCUAUGGUACUGUUGUCAAUAUGGGACUGGAGGGAGAGGGAUCGAGUCCAGGUGGUGGUGGCAGUGGAAAUGGAGGGGCUGGUCCACCCAGGGGAUACCUGGGUGCCACUACACCACCUUAUUUGUCGACGUCCAGAUCACCGUCCUUACCACCACAAUUUCCUUAUCCUUCCGAUGCUGGUCUGUCUGUUUAUACUACUAUUGGGGGUCCAGGUGGAAUGGUACCAGGACCAGCAUCAGAUCUAAGUAACGAAUCGAGUGGUGGCGGUGGUGGCGGUGGUGGAGGCGGGGGCUAUCCCGAUUUUCCACCAUCUCCAGACUCGUGGCUUGGAGAACCACCUCAGCAUCCUCAUCACCACCCCCAUUACUCCACAUAACCCCCCAAAAAAUGCAAAUUCAUAGAAUCACCGAGUAUCGUCUAGAGGGACCACCAGACGAUGGAGAAGGCAAAAUAGAUUUUCAAGAGUCGUCGAUGAGAGACCGAUACGCCCAGCAAUCGUGAGAUAUUAUUUAAUUCAUUUUCACGCUUUCGAACAUUUUUACAAAAUUAUUUUAAAGUGCGAAAAGCCGCUUCGUAUCUUUCGUUUUGCCCCUCUUCUCGACAGUCAAUUGGAGAGAGUCAAUCAAUCAAUCAUUAAAUUUUGAAAAUUCUUUUCCUGAUACGUGAACUAUACACAAAAAAUUGCACAGAAAAAUCGCGUGCGGCUGCUCUUCAGACGAUACUCGCGACCGUCCCUAGACAAAAAAAUUAAGAUCCUUUCACCAAAAACGGCUCUAUUACUUAUAAAUUAUACCACGUAACAUUCGCAUCGAUAUUAUUAAUAAUAGAUAUAUAUAAAUAUAUUUAUGUACAAGUUCCUGGUUUCCCCGUUACGGUUUAGGGUAAAAUGAAUGGAGAAAUACAUUGAUUCGUUUAGUUGAUAGUUCUGGGAAUGAGAAUAUUUGCAAAUGAAAUUUAUUCGCGUUUAUUCAUGUCAAUUUUCUUGUGGAAAAAAAGAAAUUGAAUGAGCGUUAUUUUUUUGUUAAGACAUUACAGUAGCGAAGUGGUAAAUCGAGAUAAAUGACUCUUGACUAUCGGAUGGCUUUUAAUGGGUAUCUCGGAAUCUAAGGAAGUCAGCAAAAUUUUUAUAAUGACCUUUUUAGUGGAGCGAAUUGAGUACUACAACAAAUAUAAUUACAAAAAUUUCGGUAUCUCCCUUAGGUCUGGAGAUAUCGCUCAAAAACUCGACUGAGCGAUAAGUUGACUUAUCUCGAUUUACCACUUCGCCACUAAUUUCAGGAAUAAAUCGGAUGAAACCACUUGUCAAUCUGGUAAUUUCUGCACGUGAGGAAUUUUGUUGGUGGAGGGAUUGAGGAAAAGUAUAUAGACUAAAUGAAAUGUUUGUAAACGAGUUGAUAGCAAAAAGUCACUCACUAUUAACUAUUUCCAUCCAUUCGAUUUGAAUAUUUUCAUGAAGCCUAAAAAAUAAAAUCCGACUGUUUUCCUCAAUCCAUUCAACCAAUGGAGCCCUCAUCCACAAAGCUCGUGUGAGAAAUAGAAUUUUUCAAAGUGUCAUAUUGUAAAUAAUUGAAAUAAGGAAUUUAGAUCAUAAGGAAAAUUCUAUUGUAUAUCAGUAUCGUCGCGUAUCGCGAUAACUUAAUGUCAGGUGCAGAGAAACGUGAUUUUGUCCGUAACAGUUCUCCCUCGAAGAUGAGAGAACAUAAGGAAUCCAGAGAAAGAAUUUUAUCUUCUCCAGAAAUCCGAGAAGUAUGCAAUUGAAUGCGGAGGGCGCAUUGUUUGUUAUCGAGAUAUAUUUCUUGUCGUCCGAAUGUGACAGCAUUUCCUAGGGGAACAAGUCUAGGAAGUCUUCAUUGCAAGUAAAAUAUUUCGAUGGGCGCGUGGAGAGAAAAAUGUAUCGAAAAUUUUUCCGAAAGCUCUAGUGGAAAUUAUGAUAUUUUACUUCAUUUAUUUUUAUUUGGAAAACCAUUAAAAAUAUUCAGAAUAAAAUUCACAUUCAUUUAGUAAAUUUUUUAUUGUAAAUAUGUCAAUAAAAUAAAUUAUAUGGCAAAAUAAAAGUCCAUCAAUUUUCUGACAUCUCAUUUUCCCCAAAAUUUCAAAUUCACGACCACUGGAGUUGAGAUAAAAUUUUCAACAAUUCUCCCUCCAUACAUAAAUUAUGUAAAAUACCUGUGCUUGUUUUUCCGAUAAUGUCAAGUCACGUAAAAUCGACUCUUGAAGAUUGUAACAAAUUUAGUAAAUAAUUUAUUUAUAUCAAAAACUCAUUUGAAGUGCGUGCAAUGUAAAAAGAAUUUGAAACAGAUAGUCUCGAAUUAAGUCCCUGUACAUUCCUCGUUUGACGUUUAUAAUUUUUAAUGUGCGAAUUGAAUCACUAUUCGUAGAAUAAAAGUCGAAACACCACAAAGUAGUCCGACGAGAGUGGAGAUAUGAAGUAAUAGAGUAAUGAAAAGAUAUGUAUAAAGUGAUAAAAAAUUAUUAAUUCAAUGGACAAAACCACCUGGACGUGAUUUCAUCGUGUUCGCAAGUUAACCAAAAUCAGUUAUUACGAAUCUUUAUAUUAUUAUCUAGUCAGCAAGUGAUAAUAAAAUUUAUCAUAAUCUAAGGAUCAUGAAAUUUCUUGAUUUCCCUUUUUGU